AUGUCCGAGGUGUUGAAGCUGGAAAAACUUCUGCGGAAGCAGACGACGUCCGACCACGUCGAGGCCUCGAGGAUCGCCUCCACAGCGGAGCGCAUCUUGUCCCUGGAGCCAAACCACGUGUACGCGAUGCAGUGCAAGUCUGUCGCCCUGCUCCACACUAGGCGGUUCACUGCUGCGCUGAGCGUACUGGAAAACCUCCAGCGCCAGAAGACGCCCUUCAGAAACAGCGCAACCUUCCACUUCCACAAGGCGUAUUGCCAUUACCGCCUCAUGCAGUACGCCGAGGCCAAGGCAGAGCUGAGAGAGCAGGAACAGCAGCAAAACAAGCCUAUGACCACGGCAGCCCGUCACCUACUGGCUCAGAUCCACUACAACCUCGAGGAGUACGCUGAGGCGGCCGCCAUGUACGCGGCACUCGUGGCCGACAGCGCCUACCGCGACGAAGUGGAGAAACAGGAGCUGCUCACCAACUACACAGCCUCACUCUCCGCCUGUGCGCCGGAGAAGGUUGCGGCGGUGGUGCGUGAUGAAGCGGACGAGAAGACGCCUGACCUGCUCUUUAAUCUUGCCACCGCGCAGGUGGAAGCGCACAACUACGAAGGCGCGCAGGCAGUUCUGCUUCAAGCAGAACAGCUAUGCGCCGCCACCUUCCCGAAGAGCAGUCUGCGCUCUCUGCAGGGCGCGCUUGCUGCCGGCAGUGAGGUGCUGCGGGCACAGCUCGGCGUCCCGCUCGUGGCAUCGACCAGCAUCGGUGGUGGUAGCUCCACAGAGAUCUCGCCGGAGCGCUGCUUCUUCAACGAGGUGAGCAGCAACUGGGUGCAGCAGGCGUAUGUCGCCUUCAUGUGCCACCGCGAAGAGGACGCGCGCCGCGUUGUUGAUCUGAUUUUUACAUACAAGCCGAGCUCCGCCAUCACAAGUGCUGUCGCCGCCAUCCUGUACACGGCUCUGCAGCGCAACGCUGAUUUUUUCGACUCGCACCGCAAGCUCAAGGCGGCCCAGCACGUCAAGGUACUAUCGCGCCUCACCUCGCGGCAGCUCAUCGCCGUGCAGUACAACACUGCCCUGCUGCAGCUGAGCGCUGGCGCCCUCGACCGCUGCGCCCGCACGGUGGAGCAGAUGGAGAAGACACACCCGAACAGCGACCUCACGUACUCGCUGCGUCUUAUGCUGGCUGUGCGCGAGCUCAAGAAGAAGAAGGCGGUGCCAGGCAACCCGUCAUCGUCCGCCUCGAGCCCCACCAGGUUUGCGACGGACAGCGCGCGCAACGUGCAGGAGUGCGUGCGCAACUACGAAGCAGAGGUUAUGCGACGCCAGGGUCUUGGCAGCUCGGAGGCAGAAAACCAGAAGCGCCACCGCUUUAUGCAACUCAUCACUGCCCAGCUCUUUCUCGAAGAGGGAGACUUGAAUCAGGCUGUGGAGACAUUGCAAGCGCUGGAGGACUCCGCAGUGGCGCAGCGUCCCACGACGGUCAUGACGAUGGCCGCCUGGAAGGCGCAGAUCGGCGAUGUCGAUGCUGCCAUGGCGCUGCUGCGCGAGCGGCUCACUGCCACGGCGGGUGGCUACUCUGCUGCAAUAAAAAAGGCAGUAUUACUCUGGGCCGUCCGCGACCUCGCCAUGGCUCGCGGCCUCUACGCCGCUGUGGGGCAGCUGCUCAAAGCGACGCAAGCCGCUGACGCAAACCUGCAGAAAGACCGAGAAGUGACGGCGCUGCUGGUCAUCUGCCUUGCCGAGACGGACGUGGCUGCUGCGAAGCGCGUCAUUGGCACCCUGGACGCAGACGCCGCUGCUGCGAUGAGCGGCGCUGGUAAUAGUGGUCGUCCCGCACCGUCGGAGAAGCAGAUCGAGGCGCUGGUGCGCGAUAACCCUGGCGUCGUCGCCAUGAACGAGCUUGGCUACCGUCGCGUGACGGCGGUGGACCAGGAAAGCGCUGCCGCUACUGGGGGCCGCGCCGUCAGUGGUGGUGGCCUACCACAGCGCCGUCGCCGCCCCAUGCGCCGCCCUGCGAAGAACAUGGAGGGAAAGCCUGAUCCAGAGCGAUGGAUUCCGAUUUCGACGCGCUCCUACAUUAAGGACCUGCCGGAGCGGCGCAAGAAGGAGCUGAAGCGGCUGCGCGCCAUUGAACAAGAGCAGAAGCGCCGCGCCGCAGCAGCAGCAGCGGCAAGUCAGAAGCAAAGGAAGGUCGAGCAACCGCAGCAACCACAGCCAGACGAAGCCUCCUCUGCAGUUGCAGCUGUGUAA